AAUGUCUGAUUGAUCAAUCGGGACAAAUUUUUGCUCCUCUUGUCCUGAUUGGUCAAUUAAUCUCUGCUGUAUUUCGACAAGUAGAUUUACGAACGCUAGAUUGCUGUGUUUUGUAUUGUCUCGUGUUCAGAUAGAUUAGUAUGGUUGUCUUUACUUGUAACCAUUGCGGCGAUACAUUGCAAAAGCCUAAAGUGGCUAAACAUUAUCAAUUUAGGUGCCGGAAUCCACCGUUUUUAACCUGUGCGGAUUGCUUAAAAGAUUUUCGGAACGAGGAAUAUCUUGUACAUACCAAGUGUUUAACCGAAGCCGAACGAUACGGCGGAAAAGAUUAUGUUGCAAAGCCUAAUGCAAAUAAAGGCGAACGUAAACAACAGGAAUGGCUUUGCGUUGUCAACAGUUUGCUGAACGGAACGAUAGAUUUAUCCAGUGCAGAAAGAAACUUUCUUAACACUUUAUCGAAAUAUGAAAAUAUACCAAGGAAGAAGACUAAAUUCCUUAACUUCAUACGCAAUGCAAUGGGUAAUCGUGUAAAUAUGACAAUUGUGGAAAGCAUUUGGGAUAAAAUGGAAACUGCAUACAAACAACAAAGUCAAGAAUCUGCUGCUACUCAAAAACAAGACACUAUCCAAACUCUAGAACAAAAUAAUGAUAAGACAAUAAACAUAGAUUCCAAUCAUUCAUUUGACAAUGGGAAUAUUGUUGAGAAUCAAAAUAAUGAAAAUAUAUGUAAAGAAAAUAAUUCUUCAAAGCAUCAAAAUGGAAAUGACAAAACAUGCGAGACUAAUGGUGAUAAUGUCAGUGAAAAAAAAUCUAAGAAACGACGUUUGAAAUCAACUAAUGUUGAAAUGCCAGAGGACGUCCAACCUGCUGCAAAGAUUUCUAAAACGUCCACUUUAGAAACGAACGAAAAUGAAAGUAAUAAUAUUCCAUUUGAUUGGAAGAAGACUAUUUUAGAUGUUGUACAAGCUAAAAAUGAAAUAUCUUUAAAAAAACUACAAAGCAAAGUCAUUAAAAAAUAUAUAUGUCAUGUUUCUGACAUACAUGAUCAGACUGACAUAGAACGAGAAAAAGCUAUUGUAAAGUUUAACAAGACAUUGAAGAAGAUGAAAAAAGCAUCUGUAAUAUGCGUUCUAGAAGAUACAGUAAAAUUACCCUCUUUAAUCGAGUAAUUACUUUUUGAAAAAAUAUCAUAAAAAGAUGCACAGUGAGUAAAUAGUCAUAUAAAUAAUAUGAAAAAGAAAAACCUUUUCCGGUUGUAUAUAAAAAAAAAAACUAUCAAUGCAAUAAAUCAAUUCGCAAAUAA